GACCGUUUUUCCAACUCACUUCGUUAACCGUCGAGUACGAUUCCCUCAGUUUCCGAGUCUUAUGUUGAGGAACUUGAAAUCUGACUUAUUUCAAUCAUCAUUUUCGAGACCUUAUGCAAACUCUUCACCUUCCCCCCACACGUCUCCCGAAGAGUCUACAUCGUCCUCCUACCUGAACAAAUUCACUAAAUACACUGCAAAACGGCUUUCUACUGCUAUAUUGGCGAACAUAAUUAUAACUGGCCUUGUUGGUCUUAUAUCAGUGGACCUUAUGUACGCUUGGUACCGAAAUAGAUGUAAUGAACGUCUUCUCAAUGAAACUGUGGAAAAGGGAACUCGACCUGGAGCAGAAAUUUCAAGUGACAAGUUUGUUCCUCGACCUCUAGUUGUAGAUCGCCUUAAAAAAAUUUUUCAACCCUACGAAGAUCAAUCAUUUUAUUACAUGGUUUGCAGUGAACAUGGAACUGGGAAAACUACGCUGACAAGGAUUGCAUCGAGAGAAGUUGGGCAGG